GUCUGCAACAGCAACAAGAACUGCCACUGCGAUGCUGGCUGGGCUCCCCCCAACUGCGAGAAGCCGGGCUUGGGUGGCAGCGUGGACAGUGGCCCUGUGCAGCGCGACAAUCACGAAGCCAUCUUAUUAACCCUUCUGCUCAUCUUCCUGCUCUUCCUCCCGGCCCUGAUGAUGAGCAUCUACUUUUGGUACCGGCGGGAGAACUCGCUCCUGAACAAAUGGAUGAAGGAGAUGAGGAGGAGGAGCCAGGAGACAUAUAGGAACAAAACCAUCGGUCGGAAGUCAACCAGUGGCCAUCCCAAAGCUGCUUUCACCUUGCGGAAUAUUUCCACCUCCAGCCACACUAAUAAAGCAACACGGGCUGCGUUCCCCCCCAAACCCAGUGCUCACCAGCCCGGCUCUCAGCCUGUCAACGUUGUCCACCCUCUUCGCCCGCCUCCCCACUCCCUCCCUCCGCGCCCAAGAGACCCCAAGCCUGCCAGGCCACCUCCGCCAGUCAGCAAAUCGCCCAUGGUCCCCACCAAAACGGUCGUCUCCCAGGCUAAGCUGCCACCUCCGAAGAAACCUCUUCCCUGCAGCCCCGUGAGGACCCCGCUGGUUGUCCCAAAGCACCAACCCCCCCGUCGACCGCUGCCUGGAAGUCCUCUUCUGGCCAAAGAGCUGCCUCCUGCACAUGGAGGUCCCUCCUACCUGCUGGUCAUGGUCCCUCCUACCAACUUCAAGGUGUCGGGUGCAAAUGCCGCUGAUGCCACCUCAAAG